AGAAAAAGUGGGUUACAUUACAGUAUUGCUUGGCUACGAGAGAUGAAGGGCCAAUAAUUUAAGAAAACAGCGCACAGAGAGGUUUGGGCCAGCCAAGCACUUUGCGAAAGGCUCGUCUGGACACUCUCCAGCGGGGUACUCGCGAAGCGCCAUGGGGGUGCUGAUGUCCAAGCGGCAGACGGUGGAGCAGGUGCAGAAGGUGAGCCUGGCUGUGUCUGCCUUCAAGGACGGGCUGCGGGACAGACCUUCCAUCCGACGUGCAGGCGAGCUCCCAGGGUCCCGCCGUGGCACCGUCGAGGGCUCUGUCCAGGAAGUGCAGGAGGAGAAAGAAGCCGAGGCCAGUGGCCCAGUACUCCAGGAAGAGAGCAGCGUCCCGCGGGGCGCCUGGGAGCGGCUCCGAGAUGGGCGUGGGGUGGAGCCCGAGGACUUGGACAGGAGCAGCCGCUGCUUCACACCGCCCGCCUACAUCCGGCCUACCCGCCAGCUGGAUGAUGACAAGCCCCCCGACAUCUGCUUGGAGUCCAGAGACGCCAUUGUCAAUGAUGAGAUGUGUGACAUCUGUGAAGUCUGGACAGCCGAGAGCCUCUUCCCCUGCCGGAUCUGCUCCAGGGUCUUCCAUGAUGGCUGCCUUCGCCGCAUGGGCUACAUCCAUGGAGAGAACAACGCGGAAGUGACCGAGACAGCCCACACGGACACAGGCUGGAGCUGCCACUACUGUGACAAUCUCAACUUGCUGCUUACCGAGGAGGAGAUGUACAGCCUCAUGGAGACCUUCCAUCAGUGCAAAGUCAUCCCUGACUGCUCCCUGACGAUGGAGGACUUCCUGCGCUACCGCCACCAAGCAGCAAAGCGGGGGGAUAGUGACAGGGCCCUCAGCGAGGAGCAGGAAGAGCUGGUGGGCCGCGAUUUCGCAGCCCUGGACCCUGAGCGUAAAGGCCACAUAGAGUGGCCGGACUUCUUGUCCCACGAGUCCCUCCUGCUCCUGCAGCAGCUGCGACCCCAGAACUCUCUGUUAAGGCUUCUGACACCCAAGGAGCGUGAGCGAACCCGGGAUGCAUUCCUGGCAAUAGGUGGCGGGGCCGCCAUCAGUGAGGCCGAGUGCCACCGCGCACAGCAUGCCUGGUUCUGCAAACGCCCGGCAGAGGCCUCGUCCUGCAGCGUCAGUGUCAGCCACGUGGGUACCAUAGCCGACAGCAGCCCGGCCAGCAGUAGCAGCAAGAACCAGGACAAGGCUCUGCUGCCCACUGAGCAGGAGACCAGAUCCGUGGACUGGCCGACCUUCCUGCGGGAGAAUGUCAUCUACAUCCUGGCUGCGCGCCCCAACAGUGCAGCCAUUCACCUAAAACCCCCAGGAUAGUGUGGAGCAGAGAAUGUCAGCCUGGGGAGAGGGGUGGUGUUCUCUCCCCGCACCCUCUCUCUCUCUCUCCCCUUCCCCCACCAAAGUCUGACAUGGAGACUCACGGGGAUGGAGCACUGCCAGCAUCUCAGUUUGUCACUCAGCUUCAUGACACGAAAAUCCUG